AUGCCGCCAAAACGAUCACGGUCCGGAACCAAUGCUGUUGCUUCUGCCUCUACCAGCAAGAAGCAAAAGACAGCAGCACCCAAAUCCAAGGCCAAGCCUAAACCCAAGAUGAAGCCCAAAAGCAAGAGCACGCGGACGAGGGAGAUCCGGGAGGACUCACCACCAGAGAAGGACUUUGACAGCUACGAUGACGCCGUCCGUGAUGCGAUUUUGAACACGACCAAGAGCCGGUAUGACGUGUCGUUGCAGCAGGAUCAUUUGGCGUUUGCGGCUGCGUUGAUGGAGUCAUCGUCUCCGUCGUCCAUGUCGUUGUUCUCACAGGACGUGAUGAAGCUGUCGAGCGAUGGUGGUGGUGGUGGCGUGGGAGGGCAAGAUGGUGAGGCGGAAGGAAGAGGGCCGCAGCAGGCGAAGGUAUACAGUCUUGGGACGUUCUGUAUGCAUGCGAUCGUCAAGAAUUUUGAGUGCCUUGCCGUGGAUGCCGUCACACCCGCUUCCACAAAGUCAUCCGCAGCUGCAGCAGGAAGAGUAAGAUCAGGAGGAGUAGGAGGAGGACAAGGAAAUGGUGGCGGAGGUGGUCAAAGGUUCCGACGACAGGUCCAACAUCUCCCGUUUUACCUCUCCGAACGUCUCUUCAAGGUCCUGAAACAUGCUCGACCCGAGCUCCUGUCGACCAAACUCUGGACGGGCCUAUUCUUCAACCCGAACACCAUUGCCGGCGACCGAGUCGAGGAACUGGACUUGGAGGGGCUCAUCCCCUCCCAGGUUACCGAUACAGUGGUCCGGGCACAUCUGUUAUGGACUCUUGGAGUAGGACCUCGAUUGACCAAGGUCAAUUUGAACCAUCAGACGGGCCUUUCUGACAAGGUGGUCUCAGGUCUGGUGGGUGCUUGUCCGAACUUGGCCAGGUUGUCGUUGAAGGGGUGUAGUAAGGUCGGGGACUUGACGUUGGCGAGUCUUCCGGAAGGGUCAAUCGAGGAGUUGAAUAUUAGUUUUGUGGGAGCAACGGCGUGUACGGUGAAGGGGAUCUCUGGGAUGGUGUUGCGGUGUAGGGCGUUGAGGGUUUUGAAGGUUGCUGGGUUGGCGAAUGUCAAGGAUGCGGUGUUUGUACAGCUGGAGAAGAAUUUGGCUCUGGAGAAGGAGCAACAGCAGGAGGACACUGGUAGAGGUAGCGGUGGUGGUGGUGGUAGUGGGAAGAAGGAGGCGGAAUCGAGACCGUUGUCGAGGCUGGAGAAUCUCAAGAUCUCGACGACGAGCCUGGGAGACAGGGGGCUGAAGGUUGUGCUUGCGUUAUGUGGGCGAACGCUUCGCAGGCUGGAUAUCUCACAGACUGGUGUCAUGCGACCCUCACUUAUCGGACAGUACUGUGUUUGGGAUGAUGCAGAAGGAGGAAAGGGAGGGAGCAAGAAGAAGAUGACGACGCGACUGGAAAAACUGAACUUGACGAGGCUCACGAUGAGCACGCCGACGGAACUCUCUACACUACUCCAACAGCUGCCAGCUAACAGUCUCCACACUCUGCUGAUGGGGUAUAUCACGCACAGCCGAUCGGUCUUUAGCGACGGUGUCUUUGAGGAGAUGAGCUCGUCGGACCUUGAGGAGCUGGAGGAUGAAGGAGAAGCUUCCUCCUUGCUAAACCAACAAGGUGGCGAGGUGAUUCCUGUUUCGCUGCGAACGAGACCCAAGUUCUUUCUACGCACCCUGUCCCUGUUUGGCAACUACGAGUUGGGUCGGUCCGCACGCGACCGGGACGCACUCCGCUGGCACCUGAACACUUUGGCGCCCUACUUGAAGCGCUUGGAACUCGGAUACACCGGCUACGACCAUGAAGUCCUCCUAGGACUGAUUGACCCACCACACCGCCACCGUCUUACCGCCGAGGAGGUGACUCUACAACAAGGACAAGAGUUUGACAAGUACAACGAUGUCCUGGAGGAGCUGGGAAUGGACGCAACACGGAUCAGUGACGAGGGCGCGGUUGUGCUUUCGAGACUCCGUGGGCUAUCUCGGUUGUCGAUGGCGAAUACACAGAUCUCCAAGGAUGCUGUUGAGAUUAUUGCUGCUGGGUGUCCGAGGUUGAGUAGUUUGGAUUUGACGAGUUGUCGGGGUGUGCCUGUUGUGCAACGGAGGACGCUCUUGAAGGAUAUCCGACAACGUGCCUCAUCUUCGUCCUCACAACUUCCAACAGUGCCAGCUGCACCCGAUGACACUGCCGUGUUGCCAGAACUGAGCACUCAGGGGAACCCAGCAGCAGCAGCAUCAACAGAAGGAAAACCAGGAGGGGAAGCGACGACAAAGACUCUACAAGGCAAGGAGGACCCAACCCUGGCCGAAACCAACUACCCAAUCCUCUGGUGGACUCCUCCUCUUCCUCCCACAUUGCAGGAAAAGCAAGAACAAGGUAUUAAGAUCGAGUUGCCAUAUACAGUCGACACCUGCGGCCUCGAGUACAAAUGUACAUUCACAACAGAUCGGUCUGUGCUCUCGACCACCAAUGUGGUGCUAUUCAGGGGAUCGCAAUUGGAUGAGCAGGACCUUCCUCCUGCUGCUACGCGGCCGGCUUCUCAGGCCUGGGUUCUCAAUAAUGUGUUGAAGGACGCAGAGGAAGCGAAGAAGAGAGAGGUCAUCACCUCAAUCCUUGACCCAACACACGUCUGGUCCCACUCCUUCCCACCCACCACGGCCACUACAGACUUUGUCGAGACCGUCUUCCAGAGCCGCUCUCCUAACAACCCGAUACAGCAGCAGCAGUCGUUUGUGGAUAUCGUAACCAUGCCGCCAAAGGUCGACCUCCAGGAAAAGAACCGCCUGCGAACGCUAGGGAAAGAGAAUGGAGGCAGGGCUGCCGCUGUUUGGAUCACUACUGGUGACAGUGAAGGAGGAGGAUGUGUGGAUGCGCCGAAACCGUUCACGGCACAGGAGAUCAUGCAAGACUACAAAUUCGUCUUUGCACUCGAACGCGUCAACUGCCAGGACUACAUCACUCAACACCUUGCCGAUGCCACCACAGUUGGUGUGGUACCUAUCGUUGACGGCCCGCAGGACUAUUCGCGGUUCUCACCGUCGGAGAACGCGUUUGUGGAGAUUAGGAAUUUCCUAGCGCCGGAACAGUUCGCGCAGGAGAUUGAUCGGUUGGACCGGAAUGAUGCGCUUUACUUGGAGCGGCUCUUCUACCGUGUCAACAAAGACACCGGCAGUGGUGAAGGAGUUGAGGCGAUGGCUGAAGGAACUGGGGCACUCUUGCCGCUCUUUCGACAGACGUUUGGAGGAGGAGCCAUUUCAGAGUCAGGCAUGGCAGAAGUAUCAUCACCGACUAUAAAGACAUGGACACCAGACCGCCACGGCGUGUAUUGCGGAAUCUGCGAACUAGCCCACAAACUCUCCCAGAACACCUACGACUGGACAACACAUACCCAACAGCGCAAAGAAAUCGCCUCCAAUAACACUCCGUCGGCACCCAUAUGCGAAACCUCCCCGCGAUACCUACCUGGCCUCCCGGCUCAGAUGCAAGCAUACGAUGCGUACCUACAGGCCCAGAACGAGCUUGCGUUUAUCCGGCAGCAGGAGGAGAUGGAGGCGUUGUUGAGGCAGGAGCAGUUGGAAGAUUCAGGAUCGGUUAUGAGCACGGCGACGGUUCAUGUCGUCAAUGUCACUGUUUCGUUCAACAGCAAUAACAAUACAGGAUAUAAUGUGUCGGACUCCAAUUCAUUGGAGAACAACACUAUCGGCCAACCGUCCAUCAUUGUCCUCCACCAAGACGUUUCCUCUUCCAAAGCCCAGAACCUCGCAGAAGUCGACCCCGCAACCGCCUACCACCACCACAUUCCUGCCACCUCCAUCUCUUCAACCGACGGAACAACACUCCCGCUCUCAGAAGUGCACUACCUCCUAUUGUUGAUUCUAGCAAUGUUUGUGGGUGUCGGAGCAUUGGUCUUGAUAUUAUCUAAGAGCGCCCGUCAGAAACUGUUUUGGCCCUGGCGACACUUGCUCUACAAGAAGCUGCCGCGCGAUGAAGGGGGUGCGGAUGCGUUGACAUUGGAAAGGGUCAUGCUGCGUGAGUUGGGCGAAGACCUCCUUUACGACUAA